UUAAAAAAAAAAAAAUAAAGAAAAGAAAAAAAAGUAGAGCUCCCACUCUAUAAAGGUUGAAUCCGGGCACCAGAAAAUCCUCAUCCCUAAAAGAAGCCCUUGUUCCCAAAAUUGCUGCAUCACUGCUUUCUUUCAGCAAAUCCAACGUACGGAACGACGACUUGAACUCCUUUCUUUAUCAAAUUUGUUCAUUGAGCAGUCUUUGUCAUCAGGAAAUUUAAGAAAGACUACUUGAUAGAUGGGAGAAUAUCAACGUGAAACUUUGGUAUAUAACAUCACAAGUAAGUUAGAAAGCUUAGAGCCUCUCUCAUCACCUGAACCUUAUAUCUAUAAGGUUCCGGAUCCUCUUCGCAAGUUGAACAAAGAAGCAUUCAGUCCUCAGAUUCUUUCAAUAGGGCCUUUUCACCAUGGAGACGAAAAACUGCAAAACAUGGAAAAACACAAAUUAAGAUAUCUCAAGGUACUCAUGGAACAGGCCCACAAAACCUUGGAGGACUUAUUACCUGUUAUAGAGGACUUAGAAGAAAGUGUUCGUCAAUGUUAUGCAGAGACUAUUUCACUUAACAGGUAUGACUUUUUGGAAAUGAUCUUGGUGGAUGCGAGCUUCAUUGUUGUGCUUUUUUACAGAAUUUCGUUGAGAGGAGCAGCAAAAUGGACAAAUGACGACAAGAUAUUACUAAAGCCAUGGUUGGUUGCCACGAUACAGCGGGACUUAAUGUUACUUGAAAAUCAACUUCCUUUCUUUAUUAUUAAGAAAUUAUUUGACCAUACAUUGGCAUCUCAACGAGGCCUACCCUCUUUCACUAAGCUUACCUUUAAUUACUUUAAGUCUUUUAACACUCAAAAUUUGCCUUCCGAUCCUGAGCCAAGUAUAUUGCACUUUGUUGAUUUGCUUAGAAGAUUUUUCCUGCCCAUAAGUCAUUCUCCACUAGAAAGAAUAGAUGAAGAAGUUAAGCAUGUGUACAGUGCAACCCAGCUGGAUGGGAAAGGAUUGAAGUUUAUGGCGGAUCAUUCAACAGAGACAGAGCAUUCUUUACUUGACCUUGACCUAGACUAUAAGAAGGGAGUGUUGAAAAUUCCACACAUUACCUUGAACGAUAUCACAGAGUUUUAUGCUCGAAAUCUUAUAGCAUUUGAGCAAUGCCACUACCCAAAAGAUGCACGUGUUACUGAUUAUUUUAUCCUGUUAGAUUUCCUUAUCAAAAGUGAAAAGGAUGUGGAUUUACUUGGUCGAAAGGGGAUUAUGGUUAAUGGGCUAGGUAACAACGAUGCAACUUUUAUCAACAAUUUGGUCACAAAUAUUGCAUAUUCAGACAUGAACACUAAAUAUUAUGAAAUUUGUAUACAAUUGAAGAAAUUCUACGAGGACCCUAAGCAUGGUUGGCUGGCUUCCUUGAGGCGAGACUAUUUUGGCAAUCCCUGGAAGGCCACUUCUACCACAGCUGUUGUUAUCUUGUUGAUCCUCACUUUGAUACAAGCUGUAUGCUCUAUUAUCUCUAUAUCCUGAUCGCUAAAGUUUGUGUAAUGCCUCACGACCAAUUUCCCUGUCAAACUUUUUAUUUGCUAUAUGAGUGUGUACGAAUGGAUGCUCCCUUUUUGAUACCUCUC